AUGGGUUCGUUUUUUUUCCAGCAAUAAACAAAUGAACUCGGGGCAAUGAGUAAUAGGCUAAUUAGGGAGGUGGAAUGUCAAAAGUAAUUGAUAAAAGAGCUGAUAGCCGUUGUUAUCAAAACAAUUGAAUAAACAUUGACAGGGAAUCAUUCCUAAUCAUUUUUUGCGUCAUUGCGGCAUAGGUUGUUCGGUAACCAAUGGAAUGUCGAAAUUUCGAAAUAGUUUCGUGUAACAGCAAAAUGAGAGAAUGAAGCAAACUGCAACAAAAGCUUUCCGCUCUCUCGCUCUCUUCGAAUUCUAGUUUCGUCAACAAUUUUUGGCAACAUUUCAUUCUGCCAUUCAUUGUUCUUUGCCUUCCGCUUCCCGUAAUGGUUCCCAUUAAUCAGAAUGAAGAUUGACAGAUUGUGAUUGAUAGAUAAUGAAUGCUUAGCGGAACAAGAACAGCUUGGAGAAAAUAAAAAGUGUGAUAUGCCCCUAAAGCCCCUAAAUCAUCAAUUUUCAGGCAAAAAAUGCGACGUCUGUCGUAAAAAGUGCUCAGGAGACGUCUUAAAGGCAAAUGACAAAUACUUCCACAUCAACUGUUUUCAGUGCAAAAGUGAGUCCAGUGUGCACAUCAUCCCCCCUAUUCCAAAUGUUUGCCUUUUCUUGCUAUGUUGGAUGUUUCAGUGUGUUUAUUACAUAAUACGUAGCCACUUUCUCGUGUUAUCUCUCUAUUUGAACAGUGUGAGCACAGCAUCCAUUGCUAAUGCCGUGCGGAACGGAACACUCCGAACAUUCCAAGGAAAUUUGAAACUCAAAACUUCUCCCGUUCAAAGUUGAAGAUACCCCAUUUAAAAAAGGGUGAACGCUCUCAAGAGUGAACAACAAUUUCGUUUCGGAUUUUCACUUUCAUUUCAAUCACAUACACACACACUUAUUGUUCUUAGCCACACCAGAGACCCCCACUGGCCUUCAUUUAACGACCUCAUUCGCAGAGAGUGUUUUUCUCGAAGUUUCGGAAACCUCCGGAAAACAAGUAGCCAUCUCAUUUCGUAAUCCUGCAAAGUUCCUUCUGCAAACCGUGCCUUCUCAUCCAUCACAGCACAAGUGAUCCAAUAAGGGAUUAUUUGAAUGGGGGGUAUGAUGGCGUCAGUGCCCAUGAAUCUCUUGACAUGACACGAUUCCUGAGGGCAGCCACAACCACUAUGUAAUCUUUGAUGUUCAGUCGAGUGCGCACCGCAAUUUUGAACAUUUUCGAAAAGAGAGCUGAGGAAAAGUGACAGGUUUGAAAACACGCACUUUUGACUCGUCAUCCAUCUUGAACCGUGUGGCACAGCAUUGCAGAGCAUUUGAUUGCACUGUUUACCGAAUUUCGUUUCCUUUUCGUCGUUACGUAAAUAUUUACCGCAGUGAGGCGGACGAAAUUUCAUGGCACUCAACUUGAACUUCAUGAGGUGUAACAAAAAGACGCGCGCCUUUUCAUCCCCGCUCGAAAAAAUAUGAUGCAAGCUUCGGCGUUGAGAAUUUAAAAUGGGAAAAUAAUUGAUCGAAAUUGCAGAAUGUGGUCGGAAUCUAGGAGAAACGGGGUUUUACACAACCACCGACAACACGUAUCUCUGUCCGGAUGACUUCCGCGCCGUUUCGAAGGAGCUGACAGUGAAGACGUCACAUCCGACGCACGCCUCGUCGUCGAGUGCGGCGACGCCCAAGUCUCCGGAGAAAUCAAAUGGCACCACUGACGUGUCGUCGACGGCCGCCGGCAACACAACUCUUCAGCAGAUCUCGCCGCUCGGCUCGCCAACAAGUAAUAAUAGAAACUUGAGAGCCGCGCCGCUUAGAAAAACAUCAAUUUUUCAGCGUGUGCCGCGUGUGACCAAGCCCUCCAUUCGGGCCAAGUACUUCUCGCACUCGGUCUUUCAUGGCACGUGUACUGUUUCAAAUGCAGCGAGUGCUCGGCGGUUCUACAUGGAGAGUACAUGUCUCACCACGGAAAGCCACUCUGCCUGCGCGAUUAUAACGAGAAAUUCGGUGUCAAGUGCUACGAGUGUGAAAAAUUCAUUGCGGGCAAAGUGUUGCAGGUUGGUGUGUUUUCGACCCAGUUGAUUGACUCUUGGUCGUCACAUGAAGAUAAUAACGAUAAUCUUCUCAUUCUUUGUCCUUCCAACACUUUUUUUUCAGGCCGGCGGUUACAAGUUCCAUCCAACGUGCGCCCGUUGUUCCCGAUGCGGUGCUCAUUUCGGAGACGGUGAAGAGAUGUACAUGCAGGGAGACGAGAUCUGGCAUCCAUCUUGCGAGCACGCGCGGACCACCGAAAAUAUCGCGGUAUGCAAUUUCACUGUGUUUUUCCCCAAGUAUCCGAUUUCAAUAUGAUGCAUCUUAGUGAGCAGAAUAAAUAGAAAUGUGUUCACUGGGAACUCAUCGAAGUUAUUUCAGCCAACGGGAAGGGCUGCAACGCUGUCGAGAAAUGAACCAAAGUACCAGUCGACAUUCGGAACUCACUUGGCCUACAUGUACUUGCUUCCGGAAGUUGAGCAGACUUAUUUGAGACACCCGGUCCUCAACCCCAAGGAGCCAAAUGCGCCGCAGUUCCACGUUCCUCAAGGACCAAUCAAAAUCCGCAAAUCGAGACUUUCAAUGCUCAAGACUGGAAUGCAACGGCUUAGUAUGUUGUUUGAACGUUUCGUCGCAAUCUAAUCCUUUUUCAUCUGUUUUCAGCCGAGGAUUUGGAAAAGAACAUUCCACGACCGAAAUCUCCGCACAUGGAUAACGAGGAGCCGAUUGAAUUAGCCCAUUAUCCAGCUGCGCAAGUGCCGGAUCCAGAUAAGGUUGCAAAACACUUCAUUGAAGUUCCUUAAUGAGAUAAUUCGCUUUCAGUUGCCAGCAAUCGAACGUGAGGACUUCCCGGCGCCCCCGUACCCGUACGCCGUCGAGGAGCUCAAGAGGAGACUGUCGACAUCAUCCAUCGAGAACGAAAUCUCAGAUGACGACUACUCAGAGAGCGACAAGGUUGACGAGGACAAGCUUAGGAAAACGGUCGAGACUUUGGAGAAGUACAACGACUCAUCAAUUGCACACGUCAUCAAGCAGAACAUCGAGGAUAGUCACAAGAAGCAGAGGUUUGUGCCGAUUAUCGCUUCUAUUACCAUUUCCGUCUCUUCAGAUUGCCACUUCAUUGGGACCCGAGAAACGCGAGCCGAACCCCAUCUGGCAAGAAGAUGCCCCAUCUCAAAUUCCGCUACGACGUCCCAAUCAAUGCAUGUACGUUUUUUUUUGUUCUCGUAAUCAAAUAAGGCGUGCACAAAGCCAUCCUGAAGUGCAAACUCAACUCAACUCAUCGCCUUCUUUUUUCCAGCGCCAUCACGCCAUCUGAAUCGGCCGCGUCCGUGGGUCGUUUGGCAAGGCGGCGAACGAGACCAGGGCUGCACACUGCCGUGUUUCCACAUUCCCGAGGACAGCCGCGCGAAUACAUUGAGAGCCGCCACACUUCCGACCGAGUUUGGACAGAACUUGUCGCUCGAGAAUUUGGACACCACAAUCAGCAGUCACUAUUCAGAACGUAUGUAAAAUGGUUAUAAGAAAGGGAUAUGAGAAGGCAGUUGGACGAGAAAUUUAAUAUUUUUCAUGCUCGCAUGGGGGUCUGGCACGGGGAACAUGUGAAAGGCCUAUCGUGGCCGGAACUUUUGACCCAUAGUCCGAUAGAACCAAACUUUGCAGGCUUCUCGUGAAUUCUUUCGAAAUUCUUUCACAAUCAGCCUUCUAUCGAGAUUCAUCUUUCGAAAGUACACACUGCUCGAGAGUAAAUGAUCCGAUCAAUCUGAAACUUGAACCCAAAAUAUUUCAAUUCAAGCACACGAAGCCUGCGAAGUUAAGGUCCGAUCAGAAGAGCCUUCAAAAAGCUUGUGUCGGCCUUUUGCGUAGCCCUGAAAGACACUGAACAAUCUGAAACAUUUAGAUUCGAUGACCGAGUCCGGAACAGCUGGAGGCCCACGGUCUGUCGGAGGUGCUGCCCUCCGCUCUUCCCUUCCGGAUAUGAGCAAACCCGCCAAGCAGUACGACCUCAUCACCCUCCAAACGACAAACGCCAAUCUUCCGGAAGACGUUGACAGGUGAGAAAUGGGAAAGGAAACAAGUAAUGCAAGAUAGGGCUCUCACGCCGCAAACAAAUUCAUUUCGCACGAGCGACAUGCUUCGUUGCAGGCAACACUUGGAACGACACUUGCCCCGCGAUCAAUUUGAGGAAAUCUUCAACAUGUCCCUAAUUGAGUUCUACAAGUUGCCCGAAUGGAAGCGGAUCAAUUUGAAGCGAAAGCACAAACUCUUCUAA